CGGAAGCCUCAACAAUCAAACUGACUGAGAAGUACGAAGCUACAGCUAGCCGGCAAGUUCCUGAACCACAAAGUACGCAGAGUAAUGUCAGUAUUAACAACGAGUACAAAUAAUUUCAGGUAACGUUUCAGUUUCAGCCGUUUCGACCAAGUCGUUUUCUGACGUGAGGAGGACGAACAUCCUUGUUGCCUCAUCGCAGAACCGUUUUGCCCGGCAGCCCCGUAAAGAAGCAGAGAUGCCUCAGAAACAAAGGUCCAAGUCCUGGACGGAGUUGAAACAAGUUGGAAAUGAAUGUUUCAAGGCGGGCCAGUAUGGAGACGCCACCAAUUUCUACAGCCAGGCGAUCAAAGAGCUGGAGAAGUCCAAUAAGAGGAACCCCGAGGAUUUGGGCAUUUUGCACUCAAACCGUGCAGCGAGCUACCUGAAAGAGGGCAACUGUGCCGAAUGUGUGAAAGACUGCAACAUGUCUCUGGAGUUUUUCCCGUUCAACGUGAAGUCCCUGCUUCGUCGUGCUGCUGCCUAUGAAGCUCUGGAGCGUUACAGGCAGGCGUACGUAGACUACAAGACGGCUCUGCAGAUCGACUGCAACAUCGCAGCUGCUCACGACGGCACCAACAGGAUGACGAAGGCGCUCACAGAGGCAGACGGUCCGUCAUGGAGGGAAAAGCUUCCUCCCAUCCCCACUAUCUCUCUGUCUGAUAGAGAGAAACUAGCCCAGAAAACCACAGCCAACGCUGCACAACCGAACCCUUCACCCAAACAGAACGGCACCAGACAAACCAACAAACCUGCUCCCAGUGAUAAAGACAUGAAGAAAGGACAAACCCUGAAAGAAGAAGGCAAUGCUCUGGUGAAGAAAGGAGAGCACAAGAAGGCCAUAGAGAAGUACAGCCAGAGCAUCAAAUUCAACCCCACUGAGAUCACAACCUACACCAACCGGGCGCUGUGUUACCUGUCUGUGCAGCAGUACCGAGACGCCGUCAGAGACUGUGACGAGGCUCUGAUCAUGGACAGCAGCAACAUCAAGGCGCUCUACAGGAGGGCUCAUGCUCACCUGGAGCUCAAGGACAUCAAAGGCUGUGAGGACGACCUGAACAGCCUCCUCAAAGUGGAACCAAAGAACGUGGCCGCCCUGAAGAUGCUGCAGGAUGCGCAGGAUAAGAAGUGAUGACGCGUCCGGGACUCGCGGAGGCGGCGGUGAGGAUCGGUCCCUGCACUGCGUACAGACGGGGAGGAAAAGAAAACACACAAAAAAAACAGCAGAGCAGUGACGCGUUUCAGCCGCCUGACCUGUGUUUCCCAAAAGCUUCGUUCACGCCAACCAUGUGUUUGAUCCGUUUACUCACUGGAACAAACACGAGCUUGGUUUCGAGACGCUUCUGGAAAACGCAGCUCCGAUUGAUUAGAACUGAGGAAGAAGCCUUGAUAAUGUUUGUAGUUCUACCGGUUUUAGUGUCACUGAGUAUUUAUGGUUAUUUAUGUAAGAGCUGAGAUCUUUGACGUGCAUCACAAUACUGACUGAGGACAACCCUUUACCAUUAAACACCAUUUGUAAAAGUGAGGUCAUGUGGAGCUUCUGCUGGACGCCGAAACUUAAGCGUCGAGGUCCACUUACUGGCUUUUGCUGAUCUUCCCCCACACCCGGGCUCGUCUUCAUCAAUGGAUGGGACGUUAACGUGCAACACCAAAGAUCAUCUCUUAAGAGACCGGUUAUCACACGGCGUCGGGUCACGUGUUCCAGUUCCAUUGGCUGAUGAAGAUAAUAGCAUCAUUAGAAAGCUUCCAUUAAUCAAAUGGUUAGGUGCCCGUUAGGACCGGGUGAUCUGGAUGAAUACCUUCCAUCAUGGUGUAUGUGUAUAUAUAUAUAUAUAUAUAUAUAUAUAUAUAUAUAUAUAUCGUCAUAAUAUUCAGCAACCCAAAUUCCCUCUGCAAUCAGGCUAAUUGUUUUAUUUUAAAAUGUCAAAAACACUUCCAUCACAAAAUGUUUUUUUAACACAUUGCUAGUUGAAUAAAUCUUCCGAAGCCCAAAGAUAUUAAUUUUAGUGUCACAAAAAAGAUCAAAGUUACGUUUAAGAAGUUGGAAUCGGAAACUUCUGGAGGUUUUUGCUGGAUAAAUUAACGGAUUAGUUCCAGAUUACCGUUUCUUUGUCUUCUUUGACUUGUCGUUGCAGCUGCACUCCUGUUGUUUCGAAUGUAAAGUCCAUAUUGAAGCUUCUCGAUCGGACCAUCCGACCAACUUGUGAAGGUUUAUUCUGCGUUUGAAUUACAAGUAAACAACCAUUUUUAACAUGCUGUUCUACACUCAGUGGUUCAACUAUUUAUCCCACGUUUGGUUUUCGAUGAGUUCUUGUGUGAGAAUGUUUCUUUCUCAGUGGAUUGUUGCUCAUGUUGCUCACCUCACGUGGUAGAGAGGACCAUGUUUUUGACUUGGCAACUCAGGAUAAUUGCAGAGUUGGUCAUAUUAGGAUUAUUAAUACUAUGCGAAGACAGUAGAUAUACGUUAAAUUUGUGUUUGAAGGGACAGUUCACCCCAAAAUCUUAGGGACAUAUUAUUCCUUUUAGCUGUAGUGCUAUUUGUCCGUCUAGAUUGUUUUGGGGUGAGUUACUAAAUGUUGGAGGUAUCUCCUAACUAUAAACUUUGAGCUUAUGAGUACAAUGAUGCGUAAUACGGUUGGCGGGGAAGUUCGGCGGAAGGACGUCUCUACUCGUCUGAAAAACUAAGCAACUCGUAUCAAAACAAUCUAAAGUAUAAAUGGCACCAAAGUUUUUCAUAUUUCCUUUUCAUGCACUUCAGGACCAUUCUAGGUGAUCGUGGACUCUGCUGACGUGAACGUAUGUCUGUUUUGAAGCUUCGCCCUCCAAACCUUUCAGUGAGCUUUGGUCACAACGAAGCCAAACUCAAAUCCAGAGCCUGUUGGGUACAACACAUUCUCACCUUCUGUCCUCGUUUCAGACGGAGACACAUCUGUGUCCCUCCACUCGGGAGUUAUUUCUGUUUACAACCUUUAGGAUCAGUUUGGUCACUUUACUUCUCGAAUGACAAACAUGUGAACCAAGUAGAAGUAUCCUCAAACGGGUCGUCACGUACAAAAUACCGUCUCAUUCUGUGAUCAAAUGUUUUCUGUUUAAUCUUAUUUUUGUGAAACAAGUAAAAUCACUUUGGUGGUCCUGCUGUAGCUCGGCAAUCUCUAUCGUGCCCGAAGUGCCUGUCUACGUCCUCCGUCUAUUGCUCUGCAUUUGUUUUCACCUCGAAUGGAACCUUUCAGUUCCAGUUUCAUGCCAGGAAGGUUUGUGAACCACGUGUAAACGUCUUCACGUCUGCUAAGUGUGGCUACAGCGCGACUCCAUUGGAAACUGAGAUCCGUUUGUUUCAUCUCACUUUCAUCAUAUUUCUGCUGUUUCUGUAACUUUCUAUUUUGUUUGUCGACCUUCUGUUUUAACUGCAAAUAAAAGUAAGAAAUGAACAGACCCAGAA